AAUUAUCUUCUUCUGAUCAAUAAUUUAUUAAUGAUAUAUCUGUCUGUUGAAAUGGCACUUUUUCACAGAUCAUAAAAGCUCAGUGCAGCUCAUUGUGUUGGCAGGUAUCACUCAUAAACUAUUAUGCAUGACUGAGAUAUUCAGCUGAAGGUCACACCCCAUGAUGCCUGUGACUUGCCUCUUCAGCCCAAUAUGGGGGAGGAAUAAUAGCUAAUUAUGAGAGGAGGCAGCUUUUCCCAUCCCUCCACUCCUUACUAUCUCUUCAUUCAGUCCUGCAGGGCGUAAUGUGUACAACAAACUAUCAACGAUAACAAGACGUUUCUUCUGCUAGCAUCACGGAUAAAUCUGGAUCAACGGUGGGUUAAUUUGGUGUCUACAAGAGAGCAGAAUGUCUAAUAACAUGGCCAAGAUUGCAGAUGCACGAAAAACAGUGGAACAGUUGAAACUGGAGGUUAAUAUUGACAGGAUGAUGGUAUCUAAAGCAGCAGCUGAGCUGAUGGCUUACUGCGAGGCCCAUGCGAAAGAGGACCCCCUGGUGACCCCCGUACCAUCCUCAGAAAACCCCUUCAGAGAGAAAAAGAUUUUCUGUGCAAUUUUGUAGUUUUUAUUUUUAGACCACAAGGUUUAUUGUAUUAUUUUCUAGGAUAUUCCUAAGACAUUUUUCGCUGAUUCCCCUACAUCUCCUUAUAUGUUGUAGGCUACUACAAGAACUGUGAUAUUUCAGGAUUCUUUGUGUUUUGUAAUUUUCAUUCAUCCAGGUCAUUGUAUAAAUUACAAUUUAGACUUUAUUGAUAUAUUAUUUUUCCUCAUGGUGGCGCUACAGUUUUAAAAUGUCAGUUUGUUAAUCGUCAUUCACCCAUAUAGCUGUGUUUGGUGCGGUUGCUUAGCCUACAACAGCAAUAAAACAAGAGAGAGCAAAGUUCA